ACGGUCAUCCAACUCGGAAUUCCAACUCGGGAACCUUCGUAGAGUUUCGACUUUCCGACCUGAAAAUUACUGACGUCAUGAUUUGAAGUCUUGUUUGUUCGGAAUUCUCAGUUGUCUUGAACGCACCAUUAUGCCGCGUUCAAAACAAUUAGGAUUUCGGCAAAUACGAGGUUAAAACAUGACAUCAGUGAUCUUCAGGUCGGAAAGUCUGAGCGAUAGAAAGAGGCCCAAGUUCCCGAUGUGGAAUUGCGAGUUUGAUGACCGUUUUAAAUAAACAAAAAUCCCAGUCGGAGCUCGUUUUUUCCCCGAGUUCCCGGUUGUUUUGAACGCACUGACCUCGGAGAUUUCCGAGUUCCCUGUUGGUUUGAACGCGGCAUCAGUCGUAGAUUUGUCACUGUCAUGCGCAUUUGGGUUGUUGUUUAGUUUUUUUUAUGACAGGUUGAGGCCUCGGACUAAAUUAGGAAAGGUACCCUGUCCCUUGUCAGGGAAAUCCGCGAUGGAGGGCAUGGAAUUGGAUCUGGACCCGGAGCUUAUGCAGAAAUUCAGCUGCAUGGGCACCACCGAUAAAGACAUCCUCAUAGCCGAGUUUCAGAGACUGCUUGGGUUUCAACUGAACCCCGCUGGAUGCGCCUUCUUCCUGGACAUGACCAAUUGGAACUUACAAGCAGCCAUCGGAGCCUACUAUGACUUUGAAAGCCCCAACAUCAAUGCACCAUGCAUGUCUUUUGUUGGGGAUGUGACGAUCGGUGAGGGGGAGUCUGUUCCCCCUGACACGCCAUUCACUAAGACGUGGAGGAUACAGAACACAGGAGCAGAGUCAUGGCCCCCCGGGGUAUGUCUGAAGUAUGUUGGAGGGGACCAAUUUGGUCAUGUGAACAUGGUGAUGGUGCGCUCAUUAGACCCCCAGGAGAUGGCUGAUGUCAGUGUGCAGAUGCGUAGCCCAGCGGCUCCUGGCAUGUACCAGGGCCAGUGGAGGAUGAGCACAGCCACAGGACUCUUCUAUGGGGAUAUGAUCUGGGUGAUCCUCAGCGUGGAGGUGGGAGGCCUCCUGGGUGUGACGCAGCAGCUGUCUUCCUUCCAGGCCGAGUUUAACACCCAGCCUGCCCGCAACGUGGAGGGAGACUACAACCCCUUUGCCUCUCCACAGAAACACGUCGGUAGCAACGAAAACAGUCACCGUGACGACAGCGGUCUCAAGGACCCCGCGGACACCUGGGAGGGUGGCCCGGACCAAAUGCAGCAAGAGCAAAAUGGACUGUCACAAAACUCUGUGAAUAUAGCAACAAACGGUCUCCAAAGCAACUUAUCAGUAGUGACUUACAGCCAGGGUAUUCACGGACCCUAUCCUUUUGGGCAGUCCUAAGACAUGGGAAACAUCGUCACAGCCAGGCAGCACUGUGUUCCUGGAUUCACAUCAACUAAUGAGGGAGGAUUACCUGUGGCUGGUGGAGUAUCCUGAGAUUCACAUCAACUAAUGAGGGAGGAUUACCUGUGGCUGGUGGAGUAUCCUGAGAUUCACAUCAACUAAUGAGGGAGGAUUACCUGUGGCUGGUGGAGUAUCCUGAGAUUCAUAUAAACAUUUAUGCAAAGUCCCACCUCCACUUUACCACAAAACAAACAGAAACCAGAAGACAUAGCAGCUCUUUUCUGUCCCAGCAUACGACUCAACCAACAUCCCACAUCCAGUGUAUGCAUGUGUGAAUGCUAAGUUAAAAAUGAGAGUGCUUAAAAAUCUUUUUAAAAGCAAUGAGAAGUUUUUUUUCUGAUCUUUAUUUUUUGAUUUUAGUUGUCGUGUCUGAAUGCAGUUGAGACUACAGUGUUGAAAGGAGUAGUGUGUGUCUGUUUGCGUGGGUGUGUGUGUUUGCGUGUGUUGUGCAACCUGAAAGAGACAGACUAGGGAGGAAAAGCCAUUUAUUUUGCGUACUGAUCCUCUAGUUCCUAAACUGACUUAAAAAUAUAUAAUCUGUUCUCUUCUUACUUUUUUAGCCUAAUUUCACAGUGUAUACUUUUCAGGGACAGGAGAGUAAUUCCACAAAUUCAGCAGCCUGAUAUGCAUGUAUUGUUGUUGAUGUUUUCUGGUAACAUCAAAUGAAGAACAGCUCAUUCACAUGCAUUUCCUGUUCACUAUUUGCUGUAGCUUCACUUUGAUUAUGUUACUCUGAAAGUUGAGCUACAGUAUAUCCAUCCACUAGAGGGAGGUCUUUAUCAAAAUUGGAGUUGCCCAGUCCUGUAAAAAAAACACAAAAAAAAACAUUAACUAACAUUUACUCAAAGGAUCCUCUAUAUCAGGGUCAAUACAUUGAAAGUAGAUUUGUAUCAGCACCCUGUAGGUUCAAUUUGUUUUCAUUUGUUCUGUUAGAUUGCAAAAGUCCACAUGUUGCAAACCCAUGACGUUUCUGGCUUUUAUUGUCUUGAGUUGAAUGUAUUUGCAGAAUGUAGAGCUAUGUUGUUUUGAAGCAUCUUUGCUUAUUUUGCCCAAAGAUUUUAUACAUUUGCUUUGAAAAAGGCACAGCUUGAUUAAUGUUUUGCUAAUGAUCCUGGGCUUUGGAAUAAACUGUUGAGAGAAAAUUCUGAAUUCACAAUUAGUCUCCUCUUGCUCAGACAUUAAAAUGUUAAACAACUCGUUUGUUAAAAUAUUUGUUUGUACCAGCAGUCAAUUCAUUAGUCCCUCAAGAGUCUAUGUAAAGAAUGUGUGAAAGGUUCUGAACAGUUAUCCUGAAAAGUACUUUUUCUCUCAUGGCUAACUACCAGGAAGUUUGAAAAGACAGGCUGAGUGGGCAGGGUUGCUUUUAUUCAUGACCGACAACUAGCCUUGACUGACAGCUCUUUGAAAUGCCUAUGUCAAGCGACUUGGAUGCAGUGAGCGGCGUUGCAAUACAAUUAUCUCAAGCUAAUUUGGUAAUACAUAAAGCAAAUCGAACCACAUUGAAAUUGCAUCGAUGAUAUUUGUUUUGGCAUGUCUCUUGUGAUGCGGUUCACAGCAGCACUGACGGAUGUGUUGGCCUGACAACUGCGUUGGCGUUUUAAACGACCCUUCCCACUCUUUUGUUCCAUGCUGGGUGAAGACCUAGCUAGCCAGUAACACCAGACACAGAUGAAUGGGGAAACGUGUCUUUUCCACAGAUGAAUAGGGUAGACUUUUAAUUAUAUUUGCUGACACCCUACAGUAAAAUGUUGGCACCAGUAGAGUAGCUAUCUAGCUAUAUAAACUAAGCCCCUCCAAACACACUUUUGCCGAUGUUGGUUUGAAGGUGGUACUUAUUUAAAUUAGGUAAGACAGUAUCAUGUUACCAUUAGUGUAUUAAAAUUAGAGUUAAAGUGAUGUCCUCUUAAUAAUGAAUCCAAGUGUUUGACAUGGGGGAGCGGACCAGUAACUUUAUGAUCAAACUUUAUCAUUGUAAAAGCAACAGUCAUUUUUCAUACUUUGGUCAUCAUACUUUGAUCUGGUUUCAUCCAAAUAUCAUUCAAUUUCAUGAAAAACAUGAUUUUGACUGUUCAAGACCUUUUAAGUUACUUGCACUAACUGGCUAAUCUCUAUGCACUGAGUAGUUACCUAUCGCUUCUUUUACUAUGGCCAGUUGUCUUUAUGCUUCAGUUUCAUGCCUGGAAGGCUACAUGACUUUUUAUCUUGUAUUUGUUAUAUUUCCAUCUGCAACUAGUGAAGACUUUGACAACCUGGCUACCGAGAUGACCUUUUUCAAAUAUUCACUUUACAUAGGGGGGAGUAGGACAACAAACAGCAGCACACUCAUUUACCCCCCAGGGAUGACUGUGUACUAUGAAAAUGUCACAGCAGUAUCAUUGUCCAGAACCACACCUCUUGUCAUGGUUGAUCUGCCUAGGUAACAGCAUUUGGAAAUAUCUUGGAUCAAUUGCAUGUGCUCUUGAAACUUAUGAAGCAUGGUAAUGACAAACGUUUCUCCUCGUCUUAAAAACAGAUGAAUACACUGCCCUCUAAUCUCCCUGGUUGUGUCUCAUAUCGCCCCCAAUUCCCUUUUUAUAGUUCCCUUACUAUAUAGGGAAUAGGGUACAAUACCAUUUGGGACACAUCCCCAUUUUUAUCUUUUUCAUUUACAAUUGGAUGUCAUGUAUGUAAUGAGUGAUACGUUUGCUUUUUUUUUGGUAUGGUAGAUUUUCAGGGGUCAGAGUGGUGAAUGGAUGACUUGGUGCUAGAGUUCUACAGCAGCACAUUUAUGAGACAAAGUCAGAGCAAAGAAAUGAAAGCCCUUUUUCUGUAUGUUUGAAUGAACCUUUGUAUAAUUAAAUUAUCACUGAAAACCAAA